GGCGAGGGGAGGGUUCGGCCUCUCGCGCCUAGUGUCCCGGUCUCUCCGAGAGCUUGGAUCUCUGGGUGGUUCUUCGCGAGCCCCCUGAGUGGCAGAGCCUGAGAAAGCUUUCUGACAGAUUUCCUUCAGCAAGAGGUGGCUUUUGAAACUGCAGAAACGAGUGUGGUGUGUGAUUUAAAGGCACGAUGGCUGCGAAAGUGUUUCCUAUGCCCCCAAAGCCAAAGCAGUCUUUUAUACUGAGAGUUCCUCCAAACUCCAAGCUAGGCCAAGACCUACUUCGAGAUGCUAGUAGUGGGCCCAAGACCAUCCACCAGCUGGUUCUGGAGCACUUCCUCACCUUUUUGCCCAAGCCAGGACUAGCCCAGCCCAGUCAGAAAGUCAAAGAGACCUUGGUUAUUAUGAAGGAUGUGAGCUCAGACUUUCAGAACCGAGUGCAACCUCUUCCUUUAGUGAAGCUUCUGACCAGAGAAGGAGUCCGGCAGAAACAGGAGACAGUGUCUCUGUGUUUGAAAGCUGAGCCUAAGGAGCUGGUGGUCUUUGAGGAUUUGAAUAUAUUUUACUCCCAAGAAGAAUGUGUGAGCCUGGAUCCUACUCAACAGCCCACCUCAGAGAAGGAAGAAGACAGUGUUGGGGAGAUGAUGUUAAUGGUUGAUGAUGACAAUAAUCCUGAAAAUGAAGAUCAUAGAGAAAAGUCUUCAGAUUGUGAUGAAAUUGAUUAUUCCAUGGUCUCUGAGCAACCUCCAGAUUGCCAUAAAGAAAAAAGACUAAAUACAUACAUUCCAAAUGAAAGGAAAAUGAGAAAUCUUUUAGUUACCAUUGAAAACAAUACUCCACUAGAGGAACUCUCAAAAUUUGUGGAUAUCAAUAUUAUUGAACUUACCCGAAAUCGGAGAACAAGAAGAUGGUACACUUGUCCACUGUGUGGGAAGCAGUUUAAUGAGAGUUCUUACCUCAUUUCCCACCAGAGGACUCACACUGGAGAAAAACCUUAUGACUGUAGUCACUGUGGGAAAAGCUUCAAUCAUAAAACCAACCUUAAUAAACAUGAGCGUAUCCAUACAGGAGAGAAACCUUAUUCAUGUUCAAAGUGUGGGAAAAAUUUUCGUCAAAAUUCUCAUCGUAGUCGCCAUGAAGGAAUCCAUAUAAGGAAGAAUCUAUUUAAGUGUCCAGAAUGUGGGAAAACCUUCCCAGAGAACAAAGAAUUUGUGCUUCAUCUGCAGAGUCAUGUGGCUGAGAGGCCAUACGAUUGCAAAAAAUGUGGGAGAAGAUUUGGCCGGCUGUCAAACUGCACUCGCCAUGAAAAAACCCACUCAGCAUGUAAGACCCGAAAGCAGAAGUGGGAUCAGGAAAGGUCAUAUGGUCCUGUCUCAACUUGAAAUAGUUCAUAAGGAAUUCUGAGUUUUCAGACUGUCUGAAAAGAAACAUAUGUGAAAACUUCAUAAUAGCCCAAACUGGAUAAAUAUGCAUCUUGCCUGAAGCCUCAGAUUUUUAGGAAAUUCGCAGGGAAGAAAAUAUCCUCAAAGUCUAUUACCUCAGUUAGCAUCCAGGCUUCUUGGACUAAGGAGCUUGCCUUUGUGAAUUUAUAUAACAAUGUACAAACAGGUCACAGAUCCUUUUCCCAAGAAAGUCUUCAACUAUGAGUCUGCAAAGUGAACAGAGAGUAACUUGUGUACUGAAAGUAUAUCCAUUUUCCUACCACAUAGGGAUUCACACUUAAGAAAAGAUAAAUAAUACAAAGUCUUUUUCUGGACUGGUAUGCUCCUGAAAGACCCAAACUACUGAUUUGUUAAACCAACAGCUUCUAUUAAUGUGUUAACCCCCUGAGAACACCCUGUUAAAACUUGAGAUUUGAAAGGGAUUGUUUGCUUUGGAAUAUAGGAAAAUAUAGUAAUUGAGCAUCAAAGGCUUACUCUGUUAUUUGUAAUCUAAACUAUCAAUUUCAAUAACAUUUGCAACUUGUGAAAAGUGACUUAACAAAAAUCCUUUGCACAACAUAAUUUUAAAAUGUCUACAUUCUUACUAUUUCUUGUUCAGCUAGUAAUUGCUUAAACAGUUCUCUGAUGCCUUUCUCUUGCCACGAAAGAAGUUUAGAUUGCUCAGGUCCAGCCACCCAUCCCCGCUACUGAAAAAGCUCUCAGAAUUGUGUCCCUCUGCUGAGCCAAGAAGAUUUACUAGGAAGAAAACCCCAAGAGCCAGAAAAGGAGGAGGAGCACAUUGGCUUGGAACCAUGGUUGCUCAGUAUCUUGAACAUAAGCUUAAUUCUUCUCUAAGCAGUUGUUAGACCUUUGGCAAUGGGUGAUCACUACCUCACAAGCAAAGUGUUUUAUUUUUAGAAAUUGUUUCCAGUGACUAGCUCACGCUGCCCCUCAAGAAACAGGAUCCCAAUGUCUUCAUUGUAGUAGAUAUUUGUUCUUUGGCCUCCUGAUACCUAGACUUUCCUGACCUGUCUUCCCAGAGGCAAGGUCAGUGGUAUCUUCCUGGGACCAAUCCUAUGGUAUGUGAGUUUAAGGAUUGUUGAUCAGUUUUAUACUUCCUAGGUUUCCCAAGUUUUUACAUUGGUAUUUUGAUUGGAAUAAGUUGGCCCUCUAAA